ACCUCCCUCCCUCACAGCCACAGAGAAACCUGAGGGAACUCACCAGCCAACACGCACGUCACUCAGAGAUUUCUCCUCCUGUAGCUCCUUAAAGUCCGAGCUUUAUCUUCCAAACGUUAGACUGGUUUCCCCCCCUUACCGUGUCAUCAUCAGAUCAUCAUCAUCAUCAUCAUCAUCAUCAUGAGGAAGAUCACCGGCAAACACUUGCUGUGCUUCUUCCUGCUUGCCUUCCCGCUGUCCUGGGCAGAGGACACCAAGAAAGAUGUGCGGAAAACGGAGAAUGCAACAGUUUGGAGCCAAGUGAAGACUAAGCGGCUGUUUGCAAGGCAAAAGAUUUCUCCACCGCGGCAAAGUGUCAGUGCUAGGCACAAGUCAAACCUUCUAACCCCGGCACGUCGCUGCGGACGCUUGAUGGAAAGCUGCUCCUCGCACAUGCCAUGCUGCGACCCCUGCGCCUCCUGCCGCUGUCGACUCUUCAACACCAUCUGUCACUGCUGGAGGAUGAACCCCCUCUGCUUAAAGAAGACCUAGAUGGAGCACACACAUGCACGCACACACACAAAUACAUCGCAACACCUGAACAUAUACUGCAAAGACAAACAGGCACGGAGGUAUUCACAUCGGCUCUGUGAGUUUUCCUCUACGGUAACACAGAUGCACUUAAGAGAUGAUCAGUAAAUUUCAAAAUAAAAUGAAAGCAUUUGGAUAAUCAUGAGAGAGUGAGGUUAAACUUUAAAAUAGCUUUCAAUCUUCUCUGGCUUCCAAAAUGAAUCACAUCAAAUUUUUUUUAUUAAAGCAUGCAGCCAUGUGGUGGAGCGUUCUUCUGUGCCAAAAACGUAUGAAAAAAAAUACUCAUAGAAAUAUUUGCACAAUAUUAAAAUGCCCUAAUACACAGCAUAUGUAUGCAUAGCAAAACAAGGGAUGGGUGACAUAUACUUCUUCAUGUAUGUAGACAAUUGUAUGUUGUUUGUUGCAUUAUGGGUAUUUCUUGCAUUAUUGCUGCUUUUGAAUAUCUUGCUGCUCUGCCAGAUUAAUCAUAUGAGAAAUCCAGUGAGAGGAUUUAAAUUUGAAUAUAAACUUGUUGUUGUUGUUAGAAUUAAUGUGGAUGAAAUGGCAUUUACUUGUGUAAAUGAUGCCUUGAAAAUCAGAUAAAUACAUGUGGAUCCCCAGAGUGAACUUACUAACUGUUCCCUUGUGGAUUUAGGAGUUUAUAUUUUUGCUAUUGAAUAAACACGCUGUAAGCCCAUA